AUGCUCCGGGCUUCCAGCCUUUUGCUUCUCCUGGCAUCAGUGGCUUUUCGCAGCAGCAGAAGCACCAAGUUGGUGGCCAAGAGACUUCAAGUGCAUCGCGUCCGAUUGCACGACUCGCUUGUCAUGCCUUGCGCUUCCAAGAAAGGUGUACGGGUCACUCGGGCUCACUGGCGGGGGCAGGCUGGUGGCACUGCGUGGCGCAGACAGGCGCAGAUCUCAGUCAGUACGGGUAACCUCCGGUUUCCCAGGGUCACGGCUGUGGUCAGCGGUUACUACGAGUGCACGGGCUACGUCCGGCUGCCACGGCGCGAGGUGCUCAUCAAAGUUCGUCACGAGAUACAAGUGUUCGACCGCGACAGGAACGAAACUGGAUGUCGCGUGGGCUACAUCGUCAGCGACGAGCGCUGCUACGUCUGUCGACCAGGCUCCUUCAGCCCUGGCGGCGCGUUCCGCAACUGCAUGCCCUGCGGCUUCGGCACCUACACCGAGAAGCACGGCUCCCCAUUCUGCCUGUGGUGUCCGCCGGGCAAAUCCACCUAUUGGCAGGGAAGCACCUCGGCUGAUGAUUGCGAAGCGGCAACGAAGGAAGUUCAUGAAAAGCCGGCGUCGGUUCCGGAAGAGAAGCAACCCCUCCUGGCGGCAACGACAGUUGCUUCGCAGCAAGCCGUUGGAAUACAGACCGACGAACAAUGCCACGUGGACACGUCACACCGCGCAGUGCAAACAGAGACUCCCGAGCCAAAGGAUACAGCCACGUCGUCCGCUUACCCCGAAAAGCGUGUCGCGGCGGCGUCCAAGGCCAAGGUAGUAGCACCGCCUAAGCAAGAGACUAUGUUCAAGGAGCUCCUGGCUAAAACUGCAAAGAAUGCCGAGCGGCUGGACAGGCGCAAGAACACUCCGCAGCCGAAGCAUUACGGCAGCAAGACGCAAGACGUUAUGGAUGCAAACCGUCGCACGUUUCAGAAGUCGCCACUUGCUGCUUGUACCCCAGCGAAGCAGCCGCCUUCGCUUUCCCCGAACCCAUCGGCGCCACGCAGUCCCCCAAAAGCUGGUGUCCUCGCACCCGUUACGUCACCAGCCACUAAAACACCGGCGCAUCCGCGUGGAAGGAAAAGGCGUCGAAGCGAACAGCCAGGAUCUCCCAACAGACGGCCAGAAUAUUAUCCGUCACCCGAAGACCGCCGCAGACGCGCCUUAUACAGCCAGCAGACUAGAGGCGAUGACGUCACACGGGACGUCGUCCGCGGUUCCCACGAAGCCGCCGGAACAGACGCCUCCGACGGGUCGUAUUCGUCAAUUCCGCUACACGUCAGGUCCGGUCACGUGAGCCCCCGGCGCCCCGCUGUCUGGCAGCCGCCUCCUCCUCGCGGCCAUCAGGCGGCGCGUCGGUGCAUACAGGCAGAGUCCUCAGAGGGACAAUUCGUGAACGAAGAGUGGCACGACAAGGCGAUUUCGUCGCCGCCUGGCCUCCGAGAUGACAGACACAAGCAUCUCGGUGCCUAUGUAUCGCCGGCGCCUCCUCGCGGCCACCAGGCGGCGCGUUGGUGCAGAUACGCAGCGCCCUCAGAGGGACAGUUCGUGAACGAAGUCUCGCACGACAAGGCGAUUUUCAUACCGCCGCGGGGCGCCAUUUCAUCGCCGGGAAUUCGAAAGAGGCCCGGAGAUGCCCACAUGAUCAGGCGUUUCGGCUCGAGCGGCGAGGCCUGGGUGACGGAUGAAUACUCCAAACACAAGCAGCAAGGUCCCGCUUAUUAUGGAUCACCGAAGCCUUGACGCAAAAUGCGAAUGAAAUAUCGAUUGCCAACGUUCUUAUGUUUUUCAUUUAAUGGAACACUGAACAACAAUUUGUGUCUUCCUGCUUUCUUUCAUUAUGA